UGAAACUUAUUUUCACUAUAAAAGAGAGAAUUGUCCGACAAAAAGUAUCAUUUUGUUUCAGUCGACGUAACAGAAAGUUGCAAAGCCUUUGGUACAAUUAACUCUGCUAGAGCGAGAAGAUAACCGAUACAUAUCUAAUUGCUCCAAUCAAGAUUGACAACGAUAUUAGACUGAUAUUUAACAUAUUUAAUUUAAAUUGAAAACAUGGAAGUCCCAUAUAAAUUGGUAUUCAUCAUCUUGGCAAGUUUUUGUCUUCAUUUAACCAAAUCAGCUCCCGUUGAAACUGGUGAAGAAACUUAUCCACACAGUUUUGAUAUCGAUUUAGUGAAACACAUCAAAUCUACCGGCUAUGAAUCAAUGCGACGAGUUGAAUUCACUUUCCUGACAUACUGCAAUCGAUUGGAUAAAGAAGAAAACACGUACAUUGCUUUCUGUACUAACGAAUGGCUGAAUAACAGCAAAGAAUUUUUCACUGAAUUCGAUUACAUUGCGAAUAAUACUUUUGUAAGUGAAAAAGAUUUUACGAAUUUUCUGAAGAAGUUGGCAUUUACUUUGGACCGAUACAUAAAUCUGUUUGAAAUUCUUCUGGACAUGAUGAAGACACCUCUCUGUAAACAUAAACCAGCGCAUGUCCGUUGUAAAUUAUGUAGCAGGUUUCCUAAUAGAAUUACAACAGACUACUGCACUUUAAAAGUGACUACCCAUAAACUUAAAGACUUGAAAAUUCAACUUAUACAGCUUUCUGAGAAAUAUAUGGAGAAAGACUUACAGAAAUUGCGUCAUUUCGUCCAAGAAGCUACUCUCCAACAGCAUGAAGAUUUUGUCUUGAAAAUGUUAACAAGAACUUCAGCAGAACUAAACCAAAUUCAGGGGAUUGUUGUGGGUGUUUCAGACAACGCUGGUUAUUAAAUAUUUUAAUAUUUUAAUCAACCUAAGUUCUGAAUCGAAACAAUCUCUCUCAAACACAUACUCUUUCCUUUUCUCACUCUCUCGUAGACCUUUGAAUUCUUCAUCUCUCACCAAACAUUUUAAACUGUAUAUAUCAUCAUCAUCAUCGUUAUAUACGAUCAAGUCAUGUACGAUUUGUGGUGACUAUUUAAAAUACUCAUAUAUAUCUCCCGUUGUACUAAUACGUUUGUCUGAAUUCUUUGUAUUAUAUAUAUAUAUAUAUACACAUCUCUGUGUGUAUGUUUGAAUAUUAAAUGUAUAUGAAAUAUAUCUUAAGUUUAAUAUUGUUUAU